AUGGGUGGUGUAAAAUUCCAUCAGUACUGGAUUGAGAACUUGUUUCAUGGGUAUACCCUUUGGAGCAUGGACAAUCAGACAGCAUGGCGUAUUAGAGAGAAACUCUCUGAACGUGCAACACUCUAUAUAGACAACGCUGAGAAUACAGUAGCAGAGGGACAAGCGGUCUACGUCUGCCAACAAGUCCAUGGGGAGUCAGUUGGGAUGGAAGCUAUCAUGAAGAUUCGACUACAAGUUCCUCCUGAAUACCCUCCAAACAGGGAUCCAGAGGCCCUAAAGAAGCUGGCUUCUAAUAUACCAUCCGUCCUCGUUAAAGAUGAGGUCGGUGCUUUGAAACACUUCAACAAAGCGGGCUGUAAGGUGACGCCGAAACUUAUCGACCUCGUACCAGCUCUCCAACCAUCCAACUGCCCAGUCCCAGACGGGUACAUCGUGUUUAUAGUGAUGGAGAAGGUCCCUGGUGUACCGCUGUCAGAUUUUUGGGAAUACGACUUGGCCAAGCGUGACAAAAUCAGGGCCGCUUUUCGUCUAUCUAUGCUGGAGCUGUAUCGUCAUCGCGGUUAUCCGACCGAUCGUCAUCUCGGAAAUCUGAUUUACGACGAGGAAAAGGACAAAUGCUGGGUUGUGGACUAUGAGGGUAUUUUGGUUCUUGCAGAUAACGAACGGAAUGAGUUUAAUGAAAGAGAUUAUCGUGCCUGGGGAUUAGCAUACCGCAAUACUGCGACUCGUGAAACUUCCUACUGA